AUGGCGACUGAGCUGAAGCGUAGCGAGUACAACCCAUUCCGAACACCAACGGUGACGCCAAAUCCGACCGGCGCAGGCCCAUCUACGACGUCUCCUGCAAUCUCGCAACUACCGCCGCAGCCGCAGCCUGAGUCGCACACCCGCGCUGCAACACCUCCUGCAAGUACCUCUCGAGGUCCGAGUCCUUCGGGCAGAGGCCGCUCCGCAGAUGACCUUGCGGCUGACCUGCAGGGCACAACUCUCGAGGACAACACACCAGCUGAGCCCCCUCCAGCGUAUACACCAUCGGCAAAUCCGUAUGAUGGUGAAGCAACAGUCGAAUAUGGCCCGCAUAGACCAUUUCAGCCCGCUCCUCCUGCGCCACCUCUUCCUCAGCAAUUCACAGGGAUGAGUAUGCCUCAACACCCGCAUUUCGCAGGCAUGUCUCAACCGAGUCCGUUCAUGACCCCUCAGCCGACAGGACUACCCAUGACACCCCAUCAGACGGGCGGUUGGACCCAGUACCCUGGUCAGGGAGCUCCAAAUAAUAAUGCUUUAGGACAUUUUGGACCUCCACCGCGACAUCCUUCUGUUACUACAAACAAUUACCCUCCACCGCAAGUACAAGUGACGCCAGCACCCACAGGCAUGUCUGAAUUCGCAAGGGACUUCUAUGCUUCAUCAGCUAACGAUCGUGUACCGUCUCCUGCGCAUUCUCACGGAUCUUCUGAAGGGUCUGCGGAGCCAGAGCACUAUGAACGCGUUGGUCCUACCUCAAGCACACCCUCCUCACAUAGUCCGUCUCACCGGACUUCGUCACGCUACGCGCCUCCCGAUGGUCCCCCACCUUCCUCGAAUUCUCCAGCUUUUCCACCGCCUCCUGGUCCUCCACCUUCGCAUCCAUCGAGAGAAGCAUCGGACAGUGGCGACGAUUGGCGUCCGACAGAAUCUCCGACCCCUGGCCGACCCCUCCUCAACAAGGGCCGCGUCCUAGUUUAUCCCCAAAAUUAUGAAUGCAAGAAAUGCUUGAACACUGGUUACAAGUCCUUUGAUCCGAGUCACCCUUGUCGAAGAUGUUGGGAUAAAUAUGGAAAACAAUAUUCUGGUGCCAUCCUUUACGCACCGCGUACCCAACAGUCCCAGCGUCCUCUUCCAAACUUACGGCCUCCGCAUCUUCAUCACCGGCAGGCACGAUCGCAGCCUUCUCUUGCUUCACCGCCUCCGUCCAACCUCAACCGCUCUCAAUCAACCUAUCAACCAUACAACCAGCCUAAUCAACCCUUCGACGGUCCUAAUCAAGGAUAUCCGGCACGUCCUUUAUCAACUCCAUUCCCGGGUUGCGGGCCAGGUGGAUUUUUCAAUCCUAACCGACCGAUGGGGAUGCCUAUUCCCCGCUUUAACUCCACACGAGGAUUACCCCCACCUGGCGCAACAGUGGUGAAUCCGGGCGAUGCACGCAUCGGUGGCCGGCUCUGUUGGCGAUGCGACGGCACGGGGACGGUUAGCUUCCUUAUAUUCGACAUAGAGCAAUGUCCGGUUUGCAGAGGAGUCGGAAGAACUCUUCAAUGA